AUGGCUGAAAAUCAGACGACAAGGAAACGAUAUGCCGUCGUCGGCACAGGCGGCCGCUCGAGUUUCUUCUACUCAGCUAUUGCCACUGAAUACAGCAAAACGUCAUGUAUCGUUGCCCUUUGCGACACCAACCAGACGCGCAUGAACUAUGCCAACUCGAAGCUUCAAUCGCUCGGACAUGGCGAAGUCCCAACUUUCCUCGCCAGCAACUUUGACCAGAUGAUUAAAGAAACCAAGCCUGACGAGGUUAUCAUUACAACCAUGGACCGAACACAUAACAUAUACAUCGUCCGGGCUCUUGAACUCGGCUGCAAUGUCAUUACUGAGAAGCCCAUGACUAUCGAUGCCCCGAGGUGCAAGGAGAUCUUCUCUGCGGUGGAGAGAACAGGCCAGAAAGUCAGGGUCACCUUCAACUACCGCUACGCACCUCAUAACACCAAAGUAUUCGAGUUGCUCAAGUCAGGCGCCAUUGGAAAGGUCACCAGCGUGCACUUCGAAUGGAUGCUCAACACAAGCCACGGAGCUGACUACUUCCGUCGCUGGCACAGAGACAAGCGCAACAGCGGCGGUCUUCUAGUGCAUAAGUCAACACAUCAUUUCGAUCUUGUCAACUUCUGGCUGCAGACCAGGCCCCAGACUGUUUUUGCCACAGGCGACCUCAACUUCUACGGUAGAGAAAACGCAGAAAAGCGCGGCCAGACUGGAUUUUAUACCCGUGCCCACGGCAGUGAAGUUGCCAAGUCGGAUCCAUUUGCACUUCAUCUUGACCAAAACCCUCAACUGAAGGCCAUGUAUCUCGAUGCUGAACACGAAGACAGCUACUAUCGUGACCAAAGUGUUUUCGGUGACGGAAUCAGCAUCGAAGACACAAUGAACGUCCUGGUCAAAUACCGCAAUGGAGCCAGUCUUUCGUACUCGCUCACAGCUUAUGCCCCAUGGGAAGGAUUCCGUGUCAGUUUCAACGGAACUGGCGGGCGACUGGAAGUUGAGAUCGUUGAGAACAGCUACGUCAACUCCGGUGGCGAUCAGGCUGCUGAGGGUUCCAUCGAGAGCCGGAAGAUCCUGCUUCGACCCCUCUUCGAGAAGCCGCGAGAGAUUAAAGUUGAGGAAGGUGUAGGUGCUCACGGAGGAGGAGAUACUGUUCUGCUCAACGAUCUAUUUGGAACGCCGGUAUCAGACGAGUAUAUGCGAGCAGCUAGUCACAUUGAUGGUGCUGCUUCUAUACUCACUGGAAUUGCGGCUAAUAGGUCGAUUGCGACAGGACAGGCAAUUAAUGUGGAUGAUAUCUUGUUGGUACCUGAUUCCUAA